AGUAUUACAGUUGCUGCAGAAGAAUUCCACACCUGUUGUGUAUUAUGAUCUGAAGUUCAAGUCAUGAGUUGCUGCAGAAGAAUUCAACGCCUGUUGUGUAUAAUGAUAUUGGUAUUCAACUGAAGUUCAGGUCAUGAGUACUUCUGAUGAAAACACUUGCGUUUUAUGUGGCGUUAGAGACGAUAACCCCACUUCAGUUCUCGGCGACAGGGGAUGCCAGAGCAUCAUAGCAGCCAGCAAGAAUAAGGGUCGAACGUUGGUCGUCUCACCUGGACAGCAAGUUCACAAGGAUUGCAGGAGGAUUUACUGCCACCCCAAUCAGAAUCGUCUCAAUAGCAGCAGCAAAGAAAAUUUAUAUACAAGUCCAAGUACUAGACAGUCAUUAGAAUUAUCUUUUGACUUUCAAACGAAGUGUUUUUUCUGUGGAACAAACGCAACACAUAAACAACAUAAACGUAAACGAGGUAGAGAUGUUCACCCUGUCUUAACAUUAGAGUUUCAAAAGUCUAUUAAAGAUGUUUGUUUAGAAAGAAAUGAUGAUUGGGGUGAUAUAGUAUUAGGCCGAUUAGAAUGUGUCUGUGAUCUUCCUGCUGCUGAAGCUAGAUAUCACCAGUCUUGUAGUUCUAAUUUUAGGUCUGGAUAUAAAAUUCCAAAAUGUUUUCAGUCACCAGUGACAGAUGAUGGAGCAGCAUAUGAGACGGACCAGUGCAGCAAGACAAAGAAAGGCAGACCUGCUUGCGUUUGUGCUGACAAUGCCUUCAAAACUGUUUUGGAAGAAUUUGAGGAAACUGAAAUGGGGUUUACCACAAUCAGCGACUUGGUACAAAAAAUGGCAUCCAUUUGUGGUGAAGAUAACUCUUACAGCACAACAUAUAUGAAAAGAAGAAUGCUAGAGCAUUAUGGUAAUAGUAUUAUAAUUACAGAAUUGAAUGGAAAAUCCAAUGUUGUCACUUUCAGAAGUAGAGCCCAUGCUAUUUUACAUAACUAUUAUCACAGACAAAAUAAAAAUGACAGUGAAAGUGAGAAACUGGCAAUCAUAAAGACAGCAGGAAAACUGAUUCUGAAUGACAUCAAAGAUAUGGAGGAAAAUGCAGAGAUAUACCCAUCUGCAAAUGAUAUGUCAACUGAAGGCAACAGAAAAUAUGUACCUCCUAGUCUAGUAACAUUAUUACAGCAACUCAUUGACCAAAAGGACCCAGAGAGAAUUAUCACAGCUAUUAGCCAAGCAAUUGUCCAAGCAGCGAUUCCUAGAAGUAUAAUAUGUCCUCUCCAGCUUGGAUUAGGUGUUCAGUUACAUCACCAGUUUGGAUCAAGAAUUCUCAUAGAGACCCUAAACAGCCUAGGCUUCUGCUCUUCUUACCAAGAAGUACAAAAAUACGAGAAAUGUGCAGCAUAUACUCAAGGCAAUGCAGUUGACAGGAACAAUGUUGAACAGUAUGUACAAUUUGUUGCUGACAAUAUAGAUCACAACACUGCGACGAUUGACGGCCAUAACACAUUCCAUGGAAUGGGCAUAAUUGCAACAUUUACACCAAAGGACAACAAAAGACGAGUUGUACCCAGGAUACAAGUAACAAAUGAAGAGCUUGUCAAAAUUGGAAAAAUCAAUAUAAAAUAUUAUAAGCAAAAUGACAAUGUCCUUGAAAAUGUCAUAUUUGAGAAGCUGUUGGAUAUAGAUUGUGAGGAUCCUAUACCUGGAAACUUCGAGUUUCUUGUUAAAAUUACACGCCCACUAAGACCAAUGACACCAAGCUGGUCUGGAAUCGUGCAAACUGUUCAGAAGGGUGAACAUCCAGGAGAGUCCAAAGUCCAGUUCCUUCCCAUGAUAGACAUGAACCCAAGUGAUAUGUCCUGCAUAUAUUCCACCUUGACAUACGUUGCACAGCAAGCCCGUUUGAUGAACAUUGACCCUGUCAUAACAUUUGACCAACCACUGUAUUGGAAGGCCAUGACUAUCAUAACAAACGAACCAGAUUCUAGUGAGCUGAAGAGAGCUGUAAUCAGACUUGGUGCCUUUCAUAUGGAAAUGAGUUUCUUGGGGUGUAUAGGGAAGAUUAUGGAAAAUAGCGGUCUUUCAGAACUACUAAGCACUGUAUAUGCUCCAAACACUGUUUGCCAUAUGCUAAGUGGAAAGGCGGUUCAGAGGGCAAUUAGAGGUCAUUUCUUGGCCAGUGAUGCACUUGACCAGCUCAUUAUGGAGAAGACAUUUCCUGAGUUAAUGGAAACGCAGUUUACAGAUGAGAAUAACAAUCAUGCUGAAACAGUGAGAAGCAAUGAUGAAGCCUACUCACCUGAACAGAGAAAAUUAGUCGCAAUUUUUGAAAAUGUGUUCGAGCAGAAAAUUGAUCAACGGCUACUAGUAACUGAAGACAACAUAAAUCUUAAAGAAAUGGUUGACAAAGUUGAAAGUACUAAGCAUACAUUGAAAAGUUCUAGAACUGCAAAAUUAUGGCUACAAUACUUAGAAAUGAUCAACCUACUGAAACAGUUUAUCGCAGCUGAAAGGAUUGGGAAUUGGCGAUGUCACCUCAAGAUUUUGAAAAACAUGCUUCCUUUUUUUGCAGCUGCAGGACAUAAUCUGUACACGAAAUCAAGCUACAUGUACCUUCAGCAAAUGAACUGUCUUCAUAUAACACAUCCUGAAGUUUGCCAAGCAUUUGAAAAGGGAUUGCAUGUGGUCCGAAAGUCAAACAGAAUGUGGGGUGGUCUUUCUACCGAUCUGGUUAUUGAACAAGUACUUAUGCGCAGUGUCAAGUCUGUAGGUGGACUGACAAGAGGCAGAGGAUUGUCAGAGUUACAACGAACGCAGUGGAUUUUGUCUAUGCCAGCCUGUGCAGAAAUAAAUUUUGCAAUGCAAGAAUAUACUAACAAGAAAUACAAUACAAGUGAUCAGCACAAGGAUAUUGCGAAAUCUCGAAUCGACAGGGAUGAGAAAGAUCGGCAAGUAUUUUUAGAGUUUCUCCGGGAGCGAAACCCAUUUUCAGAUGAAGCAAACCUGAGAAAUAUUGAAACGGGAAGUUUAGCAGACGCAAAUGUAAACGUGGACUCGGCAAGAAAUGUAGGUGAGAAAAUACUGAAGAACAUGGAAGGGAAAAAGGUUCUUGAACAUUCGUUUAAACGUACCGAUCAAGCUGUUACAUUGGGGUCCAAAACAAAUAUCAAAGUUGGUGGAGAAGAGUUCCAUGUAGACCCUCAGCUACUGUUCCAAAGAAUUAUGGCAGUUGCGGACAGCUAUACUGAUGAUCCUGAGGAGAUAUUUAAGCAUGAGUUGUCAGCAAAUCCAUCAGCACUUUUUGACAAUUCAGGAUUAAUGAGAGAAGCACAGAAGCCUCAAAUCGCUAACACUAUAUGGGACUUGGGACAAUGUGAUGCAACAUAUAUACCGCCCUUGACCGUGUGUCAUAUUGUUUUGGAUGGCGGAUCUCUACUUCAACGAAUCCCUUGGGAAUAUGGAUCCUCGUUUGGAGCAAUAUGUAGUAAUUAUUGUAGAUUUGUCGAAACAAACUAUAAAAAUGCACAUAUUGUAUUUGACGGGUAUGAAAAUGGGCCUUCUACAAAAGACACAACACACGAACGAAGGACGAAAGGCAGAAUAGGAGCACAAAUAUCCUUCAGCGAGAGUUACACUUGUAAAACCAAAAAGGAAUCGAUCUUGACAAAUAAAGAAAACAAACAGAACUUCAUCAAGAUGUUAGGAGAAAAAUUAUUACAUACCAAUUGUAACGUCCACUAUGCGGCAGACGAUGCUGAUCUCUUGAUAGUGAAAACAGCAGUGGAAUUAUCAGACGAAAAACCGACGGUGGUUAUUGGUGAGGAUACAGACCUUUUAGUUUUACUGUGUCAUCACGCGGAAGAAGGCAGGGAAAAGAUAUUUUUUAAGUCUGACUCUGGUUCAAAGAAAAAGAAAAUUUGGGAUAUUUCUAAGACAAAGAAUGUACUAACUGAAGGCAUAUGCAGUGUUUUACCUGUUGUCCACGCAUUCUGCGGUUGUGACACUACAUCGAGGAUAUACGGAAUAGGAAAAGGAAUUGCUCUAAAAAAAGCCAUGGUCGACACAGAUUUCCAUGCAAAUGCAAAGAUAUUUCUGAAAGAGUCCACUCACGUAGAGGUCGAAAGAGCAGGAGAGCAAAUGAUGUGUACGUUGUUCAAUGGCAAGAAAAUUGAAGGUUUAGAUAGGCUAAGAUACAGAAAGUUUUUUCAGCGUGUCAGUACAGGCACAACAGUUGUACAAGUACAAAGUUUACCACCAACUUCUCGAUCGGCCAAAUAUCACAGCUACAGGGUGUACCUACAAGUUCAGACAUGGCUUGAAAGGAUACUACAACCACGGGAAUGGGGCUGGUAUGAAAAAGAUGGCAGGCUUACCCCACUGAAAUGUGAUUUACCUGCUGCGCCAGAGAGACAUUGA